GUGAGGAUUUGCAAAAUAAAUAUUGUUAGAUUCCCAUUUCUGUGCAAUAUCUGCAUUCCACUGCCAUUUCCAGCUCAGGGCUGGACUGGCACACAGAGCCCUGUGCCAAUCAGGGGAGGCAGGGAAGCUUUAAAGCAAACAGACUUAGUAAAACUAGUUCUUAGAGCAGAAUUUAAGAGGUACGCGAACUAUCAGCCUCUGUGCAUCGUUUUUUAUCUGAUCGAUGCCUGCUUUCUACCACCCAGCUGCUUCGGCCAGGGGCAGCAGGGCUGAGGCUGUCCCUGCUCGUGCACCUGCAGCAUCUCCCGAGCUGCGUUGCUCACACCUGUGGCUGAGAGGCUUCAGCUGUGCUCGGGGGCGGGCGCCAGAACCGCCCGGAACCUUCUAGAACCAGCGGGUCCCACUCGGAGCCGGUGGUGUUUUGUGUUCCUGGCGCCUAGGAGAGAGAAGGUGCUGCAGGACUGACAGGAAAGAAAGAAGUGAUGCUUUGAAUACUGCAAUAGACAGUAUGUGCAAGAAGACGAGAGAUCUUCGCAGACAGCUUCGUAAAGCCAUUAUAGAUCACAUCUCAGACUCCUUCCUAGAUACCACUGUUCCGCUUCUAGUUCUCAUUGAAGCUGCUAAAAACGGAAGAGAAAAAGAAAUAAAAGAAUAUGCUGCUAUAUUUCGAGAACAUACCAGCAGACUUGUGGAGGUUGCUAAUCUUGCUUGUUCGUUGUCAACAAAUGAAGAUGGAAUGAAAAUUGUCCAAAUGGCAGCUAAUCACAUAGAGACUUUGUGCCCACAGGUUAUUAACGCAGCUAUAGCUCUUUCUGCAAGACCAAAAAGUCAAGUUGUAAAAAACAACAUGGAGAUGUAUAGGAGCAUAUGGGAGAAUCACAUCCAUGUUCUUACUGAAGCUGUGGAUGACAUAACAAGUAUUGAUGAUUUCCUUGCUGUAUCAGAAAGCCAUAUUCUUGAGGACGUAAACAAGUGUAUCAUUGCAUUGAGAGAGCAAAAUGCUGACGAUUUAGAUCGUGCAGCAGGUGCGAUCCGAGGGCGUGCUUCAAGAGUAGCUCAUAUUGUUUCGGGUGAGAUGGACAAUUAUGAGCCAGGGGCUUAUACUGAAAGAGUGAUGAAGAAUGUUCAGUAUUUAACCAAGAGUGUGAUUCCGGAGUUCAUUAGUCAAGUAAAUAUUGCACUGGAAAGCUUAAGCAAGAAUACAGUACACCUGUUUGAUGAUAACCAAUUUGUGGAUGUUUCUAAGAAGGUUUAUGAUACAAUUCACAACAUCAGAUGCUCAGUCAUGAUGAUUCGGACACCUGAAGAGCUUGAAGAUGUAUCUGACCUUGAAGAAGACCAUGAUGUACGUAGUCGCACUAGUAUUCAGACAGAAGGGAAGACUGACAGGGCCAAGAUGACUCAACUGCCAGAGGCUGAGAAAGAGAAGAUAGCUGAGCAAGUGGCUGACUUCAAAAAAGUCAAGAGUAAGCUUGAUGCAGAGAUUGAAAUAUGGGAUGAUACCAGCAAUGACAUAAUUGUUUUGGCCAAGAGAAUGUGUGUGAUUAUGAUGGAGAUGACUGACUUUACAAGGGGUAGAGGACCAUUGAAGAACACAUCUGAUGUAAUUAAUGCAGCAAAAAUGAUUUCAGAGUCAGGAUCGAGGAUGGAUAUCCUAGCACGGCUGAUUGCCAAUCAGUGUCCAGACCAGUCAUGUAAACAGGAUUUGUUGGCUUACCUAGAACAGAUCAAGCUGUACUCCCAUCAGCUGAAAAUCUGCAGUCAAGUUAAAGCAGAAAUCCAGAAUCUAGGUGGAGAGCUCAUCAUGUCUGCUUUGGAUAGUGUCACCUCACUAAUUCAGGCUGCCAAAAAUUUAAUGAAUGCUGUGGUGCAGACAGUGAAGAUGUCCUACAUUGCAUCCACAAAGAUUAUCAAGAUUCAGAGUCCUACUGGCCCACGACAUCCUGUUGUGAUGUGGAGAAUGAAAGCUCCAGAGAAGAAGCCCCUAAUUAAAAGAGAGAAGCCAGAAGAAAUCUAUGCUGCUGUCAGAAAAGGUUCUGCAAAGAAGAGAAUCCAUCCUGUUCAAGUCAUGAGUGAAUUCAGAGGCAGAGAAAUAGUCUAAUGUUCUGUCACUUUUUAUGCUUCUCUCUUAAAAUUCUGAUGAUUUUUCACUUUUCCCCCUACUUAUUUAAUAACCAUACAUUAGUGUUUUACUUUUCUAUAAAUCUGUAACUUCACAUUUGCUUAAAUUACUUGAAAAUGACGUUGGAUUAUUUAACUGCACAGAGAUGAAAAGUACUCAUUUUGCAGUGUCAAACUAUCAUGUCUUCAUACUGGCAGGUUUCAGCAGAGCACUUCUGAGCAAUAAGCCAUGGCACUGUGUCACAGCCAGUGAAAAGCAGAACGCAGGGUGCCAAACUGUGCCCCAAGUCCACGUACAUUUGCUAGUCAAGUACUCCUUCACCACUAAUGCUAAACUGCAUGUAGUUUAGGACAUACAGAAUUUUUAAGCACUGUGUUUGUUGGUACAGAUACUUAAUUGGGAUUCAUUACACUGAUCAAAACAGCUGGACUGCUUAAUGCUAGCUCAGGGUCUGGGCCCUUAGCUUUAAUCUAGAUUGAAAGAUCUGAAAAUCAACCACCUCCAAGGCCUAUCAAAAUAGGGAUGCAUACAUAAGCUUAAAAAUUUUUGAUGAAACAGUGUUAUAACAACAUGGAUUUAAGAAUGUAAUAAAAAAGCAAUGACUGCAAUAUAGCAAUAAUAGCUCUUUAAAAGGCUUUAAUUAAUUAAUGGGUGUUCUGCUUCCUAGUGUACUCAUAAGCCCUACAACAUCCCACUGAUAGACUAUUCUAAUUACAAUAGAAAAUUUUCUAAUCACAGAGCAAAAGAACAAAUAUGGAAUAUAUCAUUAUUCUGAUGUGUAAAAACAUUACACGUACAUCUUGAAUCUAAACAAUGUAAUGACUUUGCUUAUGACAGUUUAGUCUCAAAGGCAGGACUGUUCUGUCUAGCAAAUUGUUAAAUGACUAUAUUAUAUUUCAAUAUAUGUAACAAAGUGCUUUUAGUCUGUGAUUAUCACCAGACCUCUGUACAGUACCUUUGGAACGAACAGUUUUUCUAGAUCUGUUUCAAUCCUAAAUCCAGUUCGAUUGAUUUUUUAAAAGAAACAAACUUGUCUUGCCUGCCCUGUCUCUGUCUUCCCAGACUUCAUUCCUUACUCAUCUUUUCUUUGUAAGUCCUUUUUUUGCUAUGACUUUUGUAUUAUCUCAGGUAAAAGGGCUCUGUCAAAUGCCAGAGCAUCAACCAUUCAGGACAGUACAGCAUUAAAAUUUCUAGGUUGUUGAUUAACAAACCCCAACAAAACCUGUAGUGAUCAUUCAUUAGAGAUUUUAAACAACAGGAUUCCACUUUCACCAAAAUGACAUUUUGUCAAAUAGAAUAAAAUUAAGAAAGGGUUUGGAAAAAAAAGCAUACUUAUUUUACAACAUAGAUCUCCUCCACUAUGGUUACAUCAAGAUCUUAGUCACAUAUAUAGGUUUGUGUUAGUAGUCUCUUAAGAACAUGGAGUGAGAAGCAGGAAACAGUGAAGUGCAGCAGGUAAAGGCAGUAUAUAGCCAGUUGUUCAAUCUACUUUCAGUAGGUCUGCUGGCAGACUAAUAAUAGCUAAGAUAAAGAUUUUGUGUGGUAUAUUGCACAGAAGAGUAUACAUUUUUGUUGCAUCUUAAAGCCAAUAUCUCCAGGUAUUACCUCAGGUUCUUGCCAACCCCCUUAGACUACAUAGUCCUCCAGCAAUGCUGAGGUUCAAAAGACAACAGUUAGUUAACAAGUUCUGUUUUGUUAGGAGUGUUACUCUUAAAGAAUCCUCAUGACUGUGGGAUGCUUUUGGUAUCAGUCACCUUGACAUCUGAUGUUUGCAACAACUGUCUUGUUUUCACAUUAUUAAUAAAAAGCAUGCACACCA